UUAACCCUGCCAGCAGCCCAUUUGCAACGGGUCUGAGGCCCCCCUCCGGGGAGGGCGGCAUUCCUCCGCCUCCUCCGCCAGAGGGAUGCGUGAGCCUCCUCAGCCGGCCUCUGCGGAGUCCCACUUCAUGAAUGACUCUGUUGGAAGUACCUGGGCUGGCUCGGUAGCCGUCCUGAGCAGAAGAGAGAUAUUCGCUCGCCACCCUGGCUGGAAACCCGCACCGUGCCGGCGGCGGCACCCAGCGGAGAAACUUUCUGCAAACUCCUCAGCCGGGGCCUCGCUCGUGAAAUCUCCAGCAUGUCUCUCAUGCUCAACAGCGCAUAUCAAGGAGGGAAAGCCUUUGGGUUACUCAAAGCCAAGCAGCAAGGAAGGCUGGAAGAGAUCAACAAGGAGUUUCUCUGUGACCCAAAGUUCAGCGAUGAAGAGCAUUUGGAGGAAAAACUUGCAGUUUUCAAAGAAAAGUACAUGGAGUUCGACCUGAACAACCAAGGUGAAAUUGAUCUGAUGUCAGUGAAAAGGAUGAUGGAGAAGCUGGGAGCCCCCAAAACCCACCUGGAGCUGAAGAAAAUGAUCUCGGAAAUCACCGGAGGUGUCAGCGACACCAUCUCUUACCAAGAUUUUGUCAACCUGAUGCUUGGGAAACGGUCCGCAGUCCUCAAGUUGGUCAUGAUGUUUGAAGGAAAAGCCAACGAAAGCAACCCAAAGCUUUCAGGCCCACCUCCUGAGAGAGAUAUCUCCAGCCUUCCUUGAAAGGAAAACGAGCCCCUCAGAGCCUACCUUGUACGCUUUCAUAUUGCGCACCAGAGCGGUUUUACCUGGGCUUCCUGAUGCAUUGCUUUGAUACUGGACAGUCUUAGAAAGCAAGAAACUAACCAGCCUUUAGCAAAAAGGAAUGACAAGGGAUGUUCCAGGGAUUUCUGCUGGAGGAGUCCCUAAGUAGCCAUGCAUUCUAUUUUAAUUUUUUAACUGAAAACCCUCCCUUGCCUUUCCCACUUUGUUUCUGGGUCCUGGGGCAUCCUUUUUUAUUGUAAUUUCAUGAAUAUUUGUGUUCACGGUGAUAUCAGGUCACAAGCCAUCCCAGUGGCAUUGUGUGGGCAAGGUCACGGGGUGGUUGCCCUGGGUUCAAAAUUCUUAGGAAUUUGGGUAGUGGCUCUCCGUCGUGCUUGUCCCAAGUGAUUUGAUAUGUGCGCAUUGAAGAUACAGAAGUCAGUGUGAUAGAGUAUUUCAUUUACUUUAUUCAAUACUGGAAUGGUGGAAGGAACUCGGGGAGUGCUAACGGCCCAUGGGUUAGAGGGCACAACACUUGCCUUGCCCCGGAUGCUGGCAACCCACGCUACACCAUGGCACCAUCCCAUUCUGAAUACAGUUUGCACCUGCAAAAAUUUAUGGGGCAAUCCUUCUUUGUUUCCAACUGGCAAAUGUCCUGUAGCUUCGUGCUGAAAACCUGAUAACUUUCCAUGCCACAAAUGUUCUGGUUUAUUUAAUUUUGUUCCUCUUUUGUUGUGGUAUACCGGUAGCACAAGAGUUCAAGAGUUACCCCUCCAGAUGACUGAGGGAAGCCUUGCAGAACAACUAACAAAGCAGGAAUGAUACAUGCACAGUCCAGGAUAAAUUCACUACUGAUCAUUACAUGAAUACCUAGUUGCAGAAUACCUAGGGUUGCCCUAUCUUGAAGAGCCAAAGAGAAGACAGCCUGAGCCGUUGCCAGCCCGGGGAAAGAGGCAUGUGGGCGCAUGGGGCCACCGCCGUGUCUGCACGCCUCAUUCCCUGGCUCAGGCUGGCAGCAGCCUGAGCCCGAAAAACUUGUACAUUUCCUUUAAAAUGUAACAAUCUGCCUGGAUGGGCAUCUAGGCCAGUGUUUCUCAACCUUUUUUGGGCCACGGCACACUUGUUCCAUGAAAAAAAUCACGAGGCACACCACCAUUAAAAAAGUUAAAAAAUUUAACUCUGUGCCGCCCUAUAUUGACUAUAUAAUUAUGACUGUAAGAAACACUUGCCAAUUGCUGUGUUGGUUGCAAUCUCCUGUAAUAAGGCUUCACAAGCAGCUGAUUUCUCUGCCAGCACAAUCCUUUGCUCAGCAAGUUUCAGGUUGAGCUCAUCUAGCCAGCUUCUUUAAGUUUGUUUUAGACCCACCCUCCAGUCGUUUGCACUGAGCUUUGGGAAAGAGGAGGAGAAAUAUUGCUUUCCGCUAGGCACGUGACAAUGCAAAUCGCCCUUCUCGUCACCGCACGUCGCGGCACACCAGCCAGCGUCUCGCGGCACACUAGUGUGCCCCGGAACAGUUGUUGAGAAACGCUGAUCUAGGCCCUCCAAAAGAGUACAUGCCAGGGUUUUCCCGGACAUAUGGCUACCCAAUAAUACACCUGCCCCAAACCACCAGUCUGGAGGGGAUCGCCCUCAGAGUUGUGGAAAAUAAAAAAGUGAAAGUGAAAGCAGAAUCCCAUAUUGUAGAGCAGUGCCCCAUUUGCUUCAAUGGACAAGACUCCACUGCUGACCAAGAUAUUGAGGCCAAGUGUGUGUUUCAUGAAGGUGACGGAAGCGAUGGCUUCUUUCGAGAUCUUGCUGUUGCCCUCACUUCUCACUUCUCCUAUAGUGGGAGGGGAUGGCCUUUCCUCUGUUGCCACUCCCACUGGAGAAGCAUCUGCAGCCAGGUUUGGGUGAGAUCUCGUGAUCCUCUCAUGAAAUUUUGCCGGAAUCCGGAAACUGCAGCCGUGCCAUGUGAUCCUGCUAAGAAAGGCUUGGGUUGUGGGGCAGGCACCAUCUUCUCAUUUUGCCUCAGGAGGCAAAACAGGACUUGCUGCCCCUUGCCUAGCUGUGCCUUUGUCCUCCAUAUUCUGCAGCUAGGAUUCACCAGGACCUCUUUGCUGUCUCAGAAGCAAGACACCUUUGUGCCAAGACAAGCCUUCCUUUAGCUUGAAAACAAAAGAACCACCGAAAGAGUGAAUGAGUUAUCUUACUUCAUACUCCUAAAUUCAAAGCCCUGAUCUGGCAAGCAACAUCCAUAAGCGGGCUUCAUUUUUUAUUUUAUUUUUGCACGUUGAUUUCUUUGGAAAUACAGUCUUGCAUUACAUUUGCAAAACCCAAACUUCUUUGCCAUACCUUCUUUAAUGCUUCUCCAGCCUAACAGCCAAUUUUCAGCAAGAGGAUCUUCCCAGCAUUCCUGAAAGUCAAGUAUUCCUUGCUGUCAUUUUCUACAUUUGUGGCAUCUUGAACUCUGGUUGAUUUCGUCUCCCUGGUUGUUACAACUUUACUGGUUCCUUGUCCUGUUUUUCUUAAGUGUUUUUCUCUGCAGUUUUUGGCAGCAGUUGUUGUUUUAAAAUCUCAUGCUUAUAAAAUAAUAAUAAUAAUAAUAAUAAUAAUAAUAAUAGCAGCAAUGUGGUCAUUCUCUAAAAACUCUGGUUUGUAUAAAGCAGAAGUGAGCAAACUGGGAUCGACUCCUAGAUCUCUGAGUGAUUUUGAGGCUUUGUACACAUCAUAGAGUCAAAAUGUAUUUAGAGCACAUACACUCAAGAAUCCUGGGAACUGUAGUUUUUUUCCUGCAAAACAUGGGAUUUGCUCAAGCAGCUCAUACCUCCCUAUUGUUUCCCAGUGGCCCUGCUUGGUUCUCUGCUUAGCAUCACUUGUCACCUGAGUUUGCCAUUUGAAUAAUUAGGGCUCACCUUUUCACAUAGCUAGUCAAAAAUAAAAUAAAAGAAAGCAUAUCUGGGGGGAAAGAGAAGCAUGCUCUGGGAAUAAGUUACAUCCAAAAAGGUGCUAGCUUAGUGGUCAUAGAACACCUGCUUGGCACAUAAAAGGUCCCAGGUUCAAUCCUUGGUAGCUCCAGGUAGAGUUGGACUGACUUCAUAUUGCUUAACUGUCCUGGGACAUCCUGGAAUUACAGAAGCCAUCUCGGCUUCUGAUUCCAUCCUGGGAUGUCCUGUUUUGGCUCUGGCAGAGCGUGAGACCAAAGAUGCUUUUUAAAAUGGUGUCACACUCUUGCCUUGGGCCCCUGCACUGCCCCCUUCUCUUCCUCCACAUGGGCCAAGUGGUGC